CGUCAAUCUUUUAUGUGUAGCGUUACAUCGAGUGAUGUAUUCCGAGCGCCUUAAACACUUAGAAUUCAGGCUAGUUCAGGACGGAUCCUUACCGUCCAACGUAGUAAAUUCGGAGACCGAAGAACAUCAUGAAGAAUCACUGGAUGAAAAAUCUAUAGUCGCUGGCAAUGACAUUAAUCCUGCCCUCACUGGGUUUGGAAUCGGUUUUGCCAGUAUGCUCAUGGAGAUAUUGUUGUCACACCCCUUCGUUGUCAUAAGAAACCAGUGUCAAGUGAUGGGUUCGCGUCAGUGUCAUCACUUAACGCCGUUUACUCUCCUACCGGUUGUCCGAAAAUGCAUACAGUCCCAAGGUUUUUCAUUUCUUUCUAAAGGAUUGGGUAGUGUUUUUAUCGUGCGUGGAUUAAAUUACAUGACUGAAAAUCUAGUUUGUGAAAUCACAUCAUUACCUAAGGAAGUUUCUAGAUCAAGUUCCUACAAACGCUUGCUAGGACAUUUACUGCUUAAGGUUUGUUCAUGGGUCAUUGUUACUCCUUUUUACGCGGCAAGUAUUGUCGAGGUUGUUCAGUCUGAUAAAGCCUCCGAACCGGCGACACUUAUCUCGUGUGUACGCGAUGGAUUCUAUCGCUUAUUUCACAUGCCUUCAUCUCCAAGAUUAGGUUCACGAGGUUCCAUGUUUCGCAGUGGACCUACUGUUAGAGGCAUUCCAAUUGCAACUUCACGUUUGUUGCCUGUUUGGCGUCUCUUUCCGCCUGUCGUUAUACUAAAUGUUGGGCACUAUAUUGUCCGAUCAUUUGCAAGUAUUGUAUCAGUGUCUUACUGGAAUGGCUAUGAUGAUCGCCUUGAACGGGAUGCUGAAAUAGACCUCAGUAAUAAGACCGGGGUUUUCAGUCAGAACAAGUUUUCUCCGGGAUAUGCUACACAUUAUUCAACGCCAAGUAUUAAUGCGCCUUCUGCCAGUGAACGUCAUACAACCGAUAUGGCUACUUUGGCUUAUCAACGUCAAGAUACUGCGUUGCAGGCUAUUUACAAUCGUUACUACACUGACUUGCUAGUUGGAAUGACGGCUAAUUUUGCAGCAGAUGUUAUACUUUAUCCGGUAGAAACAUUAGUACUUCGUUUGUGUGUGCAGGGGACUCGUACUUUGGUUGAUAAUAUGGAUACUGGUGAUGUGGUUGUUCCCAUUGUAUCAUCAUAUGAUGGCUUCUUUGACGCACUACGUUCUACUUUGGACUUGCCUGUUGGAUUUUUGGGACUUUAUAGAGGUUUUGGUGCUCUUGUAGCUCAAUAUGCUCUACAAGCAUUGUUCAUUUUUGGAAUUCGCUGUCUCUAUGAACACCUUCUCUAUCUUUGGCCUCCACCAUCAACUGAUGAUAAAGUGUACGUGAAACCUGGUUACAGACCAAACGUUACCACCGCAUUCGAAGACACUGAGUCCAUUGCUAAUGAUGACUCGAAAGUUACUAAUCGUACUUCGUAAUGUCUUGGAUUACAAACUAGAGUGAGUUUAGACGAAUAAGUUUCAUUGUACAGCUUCAUACUCACAUUCCCACACAAUCUGUAACUUUUAACUUUCCUUACUUACUGCAUAUUUCCCAUGUGCGUAAUCUUCGGGAGACUGUUUAGGUUAUUUUUCUUCUUGGUUUAGUAUAAAAAUAUCGAGUUUCACAAAUUUCUGAUUUCUCAUUAAGAGGUAGGAGAAGCUUCAUCUUAGUUUUUCAUACAUUAUUUCCAGCAUAUUUAACUUAAACUUGGUUCUCUAUGCCCAGAUCUUUAUUACCAUUGUAGUUAUUAUCAUGUAAUUAUUCUGAAGUGAAUUAUUUUCUGUAUUUCUUGUCUUCAUGUUAACAACUCGAAAUGAAGAUGGAAUUAUUUUGAGCUAUUAUUAUUCUAUUGAAUGACUCAAUUACUAGUUGUCAGUGGACAUCGUAAUUGAAUAGUCGAAUACAUUUAAUGAAAUUCAACCGUUUGUAUUUUGAUAUUGGAAUUGACGCUUCACUUUGUAUCUUUACUUUAGAGAGACAGUACAGCUUUGAGCAUUACUUAAAAGUGCAUAAGUUUGAAUAUGGACAAGUCUCAAAACUGAUUAGGAAAAAUGAAUAAGGGGGUACGAGGUGGUUGGGGAGAAAAGUGCUAAUAACAAGAUGUUCAGGAUUUAUAAAAAUGGAAAGAAGUAAAUAAGUCUGCUCUAUUUUAACUAAUUACCAACUGCUAAUUGCAUACUGAAUACAGAAUUUUAUGCAAUACAUUCUAUUCAAUAGGCGUUAAGUAUCAUUGGUGUAAAUACAAUCAGUUUUUUUUUAACAGAUGAGCAUCUUACUCAAAGCCCGUCAAAAAGUUGGCAUUGAAUAUUAUCCACUACAGUUCAGCUGUUGGUCGGUAUGGGUAACACCAUAUGAAUUGUCAUUUCCAGGUUCUAAGACGUGAUUCGAACGGUCGUAAGGUGUCACUAAGUUUAUGUAAGGCAUAAUCUAGUGAUCUCGUAACUUUCAAUUCAUGGUAUUUAGCAAUAACUGAGAAACACCAAUAUCUCGGAAUUGCUGUUUCUGACUAUUUCCCCUUUUAUGGGUUCAAACUGAAUUAAAAAGCUCAGGGAGCGUUCACGUAAGAUAACCACCA